AUGUCGUCUCAUCGUUAUUUGAUAGGUCGUAAUGUUCUACUCGAUGGACGUACUGAUAAAGGUACAGCUUUCUCUAUUGAAGAGCGACAAGCAUUACGUAUUCAUGGUCUUUUACCACCUUCAAUAGCUACAAUAGAAUUACAAAUUGAACGUUUUAUGGAAAAUCUACGGCUUAUGCCUGAUGAUUUAUCACGAUAUAUUGCUUUACUUGCUCUACAAGAUCGAAAUGAAACAUUAUUCUAUCGUGUCCUUAUGCAACAUACUGAGGAAACUAUGCCAUUGGUUUAUACACCAACUGUUGGAUUAGCUUGCCAGAAAUAUGGAUUGAUUUUUGCAAAACCAAAAGGUUCGUUUGUUGCGAUACAUGACAAAGGUCACGUUUACGAUGUUCUUGCAAAUUGGCCUGAACAUGACGUUCGAGCUAUUGUAGUUACUGAUGGUGAACGCAUAUUGGGCUUGGGUGAUUUAGGCUGUAAUGGCAUGGGUAUUCCUGUCGGCAAAUUAAGUUUGUAUACAGCAUUAGCCGGUGUGGCUCCUGAGUACUGUUUGCCAUUGAUGCUUGAUGUGGGAACAAAUAAUGAAACGCUUCUCAAAGACAGAUACUAUUUGGGCAUAAGACAAAAACGCGUCACUGGCAAAGAAUAUGAUGAUUUUAUCGAUGAAUUCAUGCAAGCAGUUAGUAAACGAUUUGGACAUCUUUGUUUGAUUCAAUUCGAAGAUUUUGCGAAUCAUAAUGCAUUUCGCCUUUUGAAAAAAUAUCGAGAUGUAUAUUGCACAUUCAAUGAUGAUAUCCAAGGUACGGCUAGUGUAGCUGUUGCUGGUAUUCUCAGUUCAAUAAGAAUUACUAAGCGAGCAUUGUCCGACAAUAGAUUCCUCUUUUAUGGAGCCGGUGAAGCGUCUAUUGGCAUCGCAGACUUGCUCGUAGUCGCCAUGGAACGCGACGGAUUGAGCGCUGAAGAUGCUCGUAAGAUAAUAUUUUUAGUUGAUUCAAAAGGACUUAUUGUCAAGGAUCGUCCAACGGGUGGAUUGAAUGAAGAAAAGAAGCGUUAUACACACGAACGAGAACCAAUCACAAAACUAGUCGAUAUUGUUGAUGCUAUCAAGCCAACCUUUCUUAUCGGUGCUGCUGGACAAGGACCUGCAUUCACACGUGAAAUUCUUGAAAAGAUGGCCUCAUUGAAUGAACAUCCGGUUAUAUUUGCACUUUCAAACCCAACAUCGAAAGCUGAAUGCACAGCACAAGAAGCCUAUGAAGCUACUAAUGGUCAAUGUGUAUUUGCAUCCGGUUCACCUUUUCCUAGUGUUAAAUAUCAAGGCAAAACUUAUGUACCUGGCCAAGGCAACAAUUCAUAUAUAUUUCCCGGUGUAGGCUUAGCUGUUGUUACCUGUCGUAUUCGACAUAUACCCGAAGAAUUAUUUUAUAUUGCUGCAAAAACUCUAUCAGAAUUAGUAACAGAAGACGACCUAGCUGUUGGCCUUGUCUACCCAUCUAUUGAAAGAAUUCGUGAUGCAUCACGAGCUAUCGCUGUCAAGCUUGCUGAAUAUGCUUAUGCUCAUAAUCUGGCAACUCUCUAUCCGAAACCCGACAAUUUGGAUGAAUUUAUUAAAUUAAAUCAAUACGCGGCUCAAUAUCAAGAUAUACUGCCAGCAACAUGGCAAUGGCACACAUUAAAUUAA